CCCGGAUGCGGAAGAGCUGAGUUUCCGUGUGUAGCGUGCUCGCUGUGCCCUGAGUGACCAGACUGGGACCCGAGUGGAGUGGAUGCAAGUAUAGCGCCCGCAUCAGCUGUCCUCUAUUACAGGGACAACGAAUGACCGAAUCCAACGAAUGCUGUAAAGUGGUAACAAAUACUACUGAUUUAUUUAAUACUUGUAUACCGCGUUGCAUUUCCAACAUCAGAAUGGAUGGCAUUACAAUUUCAGAUUGCAGAGAAUUACUUGGUGGACAGACAAAGGCGGAAUAUGAAAUGUCAGCCUGUCAGUAUGCGACUUUCGAGUUGAAUCAUGCCUCUCUGGAAAAUAUGCUCAUUAACACCAUAUCAGACUCCAAGAUGUGUUUUGAAGUUCCAUUAACAGAGCAGGCUGCCAUUGUGACGGAGGAUUUAAAUGCAUUUCAUGAAGAUAAUUUCAGCAACAAAGCACAACCCUCUGACAAAUCACUUGUGUUCACAGCAAUUAAGCAAACAAUGGAACAACUGGACCUGACUGGAGAAUCUGUUAUUACAAUCAUUGUGCCAGAUGGAGUUUCAGAGAAGCAGUCUGUUCUGACAAGCCAGGUCAUUUUGGAUGAUGGACAGUUUACUAAUGAAGAAAACUUUGAUGCUGAAAAUACAUUUUCCAAGGAAUCGAGCACAGGUGAUGAGCUGCUAGAAAGCGAGCAUUCGUACUGCAAACAUGAGUUUGACAGGAAUUAUCUCCGGCAAACCAUUGUUAAACUGCAGUCUAAAAUAGCACUUCUUGAAGUGCAAGAAAAUGUAACUCUCUCUCGUUUAAGAUCCCUGGAAUCUCUGAUUGCACGAUUAAGACAGGAAAAUGUGCUGUCAGAUGAAAAAAUAAAAAUACUUGACUGUCUGAAUAGCUUUGAUGUUGCUACGGUGCAAUAAAUAAUGUAAAGUUUCAUUUCAUUGUUCACUAAAGUGGUCUUCAGUGUGCAUCUUACCAGAAUGUAGUUGAGCUCCUAGUUACAGUCUGUUGUCUGAAUAUUGGGCUAAACAAAUUAUACUUAAAUACAAUGGGUAUGUAUAUUCUUCUGUAAAACUUGGUGUUCUAUGUGUAUUACUUCCAGGUCUGGGUGUAAUCUAGCGGGAAACAAAUCUUGAACUUUGCCUCUGCAGGAGGUUCCUACAGUAAUAACCGAUCGGGUCCCCCAAUAAAUUUCUAUUCGGAGCCUGUAUUGGAUUGCUCCUACCUUUACAAUGUAAUGUUUAGGUUUGGUCAAAGAGUUUGUGCCUAGAGUUUAGUUUAAACAUUUUAUAUUGAGAUAAUAACUUUCAGGGUUGCUUAUGUUUUUCCUAUGGGAAAUAGAGACAGUUGUCUGAAGGCAAUCGUAAUGAUGAGGAAGUUUGAAAGAUAUUCUGCUGACCACUCAAUGCAUUUGUUGGUUCAACUUUUUGGUACUCGCUCAAGUAUGCAUUAUACAUAUGACCUGAAGACCUUAAAAUAAA